AACUGAUUAUUCUCGGAUUGGAAUAUUCAACUUGAGAUCUUGUGAUUUGAACUUUGUGGAACUGCAAUUUACACCUCGUUUAGACAUUUGUUGGGGUAAUUCAAUUAGGUUGGUGGCUUCAAAUGAUCAACUUUUUGUAGUGGAUGAUAUGAUAAUUUAUAGAAUAGACUUAUCAAGGAUGGAAUGGGUGAAGGUGAAUAAUUUAGGAGAGCAAGCAUUGUUUCUUGGCCAUGGUGACAUGAUUUGCUCCAAGUUAAUUAACCCAACAAAGUGGGGAGGACAAGCCAAUUGCAGAUAUGGUCUCUUUUUCUCUUCCAAAAGAUGUGAUUUAAACUCAUUUAAUCGUGAGGAGCCAUGAAGUGCUAUUACUAUUGAUGUGUGACGGGACAGGGAUUAUAGUUGGUAUGCUUCUACCAAAAUAUAUUCUUGGUAUUUUCUACACCAAUCAAACGAUAAUGAUAAUGUCAGGGAUGAUUAGUGGGGUGGUAUGUGGAAGAAUUUUAACUCAGACAAGGUACAGUGCAGAAACGAGGGAGGAAGAUCAAAACCAGGCCCUUAGCGGCGUUCAGAAAGCAGAAAAUAGAGAAGAAUGAAACAAAGACAAUCAGGAAGAAGAUAAAGAUGAAUAUCUGCUACAAUCAGAGGCCAUGGGCUGAUCUUCGAGAGGAACUUCUCAAUAUAAUCUCUAGCAACUUGAAUAUUGCAGACUAUCUCAGCAUUGGUAGAGUUUGCAGAAGUUGGAGAUUAUUUAAUUCAGAGUACGAGGACGGUUUCAUGGCAUCAAAAUCACCUCUUGUCAUUCACAUCUCAUCACAAGCUAAGAAAGCGUGCUGUUUUCACGAAAUAGCCACUGGAAUCAAAUACAAGACAAUGCUUCCGAAUUUUAUUUGCGACUUCAAAUUUUGUCUUGGUGUUUCUGGUGGGUAUUUAAUCAUGAAAGAUACUUGGAGUCAAAAAAUUUGGCUAAUAAACCCUGUUACAGGACGCCAAUUCCAGUUCUCUCGCGUGCGCAAACUUUCUGAUAAUAUUCGAUUUAGUUCAGAUCGUGCCAUUUUCGCUUCAACUGGGUCUCAAGAUCAAGAUUUUGUUGUAGUGAUUCUCUCUUGUCGGAACCAGAACUUGGAAUUUUAUACAUCUAGAAACAACCAGUGGAAAGAAUACUCUUUUAAACUUAAGAAUUGGCAUAUUUUGGAUAUGGUUGUUUUCUGUGGCAGGAUAUUUGCUAUAACUAACCAUUCUCAGAUUGGGAUACUUGACCUUAGAAAUUUUGAUUUGAAGUUUUUGACACUGAAAUUUGCACCUCGUGUGAGCAGUAAUGUGAGGUUGGUGACUUCAAAUAACAAUAUUCUGAUCGUAGAUUAUGUUAACGUGAACAUGAUUAAAGUUUAUUCAAUAAACGUGAAGAAGAUGGAAUGGGUUGUGAUGAAUAAUUUGGGUCAACAUGCUGUGUGCGUCGGUGAUGGGGGCAUUAUAAGCUGCAAGUUAAUCGACCCAACAAAGUGGGGAGGACAAAGCAACUGCGUUUAUGUGCUGUUAAACGAUGGAUGCCAUAUACACUCCUUGAAGAAUGGCGAGGUGAAAACGAUUCGUAAAUGGAGAUGGGAUGAUAAAACUCGGAUGUACUCGUGGUAUUUUUUUUCUGCAGAUAAUGUAAGAGGCUUUGAUUAGUUCGGCUCAGUUUCACAAAACCUUUUUAUUUUUUAACCCAAAUAAGUG